UCUCUCAUCACCAGCAUCUCUGUCGAGGACAAAAGCGGCACCUGCGCGCUGGAUGGAGACGGAAAUGCAGCUUUGUUUCUGCUGAGAUCUGUGACUUGAUCAGGAACACAACAGUGGUUAUCUUCUCGAAAGUAAACACAAAGGAUUAGAGGGAAUAUGUUGUUGUUAUCAGCGCUCUUCCAUCACCAGCUGGGCUUUGUGCUUUUCUGCUUCGCCAGUGCAGGCGUCUCUGGCGCCUCUCAGAUUUCCGAUCUGAAGUCCAAGCUGUCCGGUGUGGAGGAGCUGCUGGAGGAGUUCCGCAAGCAGCUGCAGCAGGACGACUCGUAUCAGAGCGCGGAGGACGCCAGCGACGCGUGUCUGAGCGACUUCGACGCGGCGGAGGAGCGCAUCAUCCGCGCCAUGGCCUCCAUCGAGCGCGGCGCCACCUUCCUGUCGGCCCCGGGCCGCGUGUACAGCCGGCGGGACUGCGUGCGCGCGUGCUGCGCCGAGCCGCGCUGCACCACGGCCAUCGUUCAGGAGCAGCCGCAGCAGCCGGACAGCGGCGGUGGUCUGCGCUGCUACCUGUUCAACUGCACGUACGGCGGCGCGAGCGUCUGCGCCUUUUCGUUUCAGCGGGGCUUCAGCACCUUCAGCCGGGUCGCGCGCAACGUCAGCGCGUCGCGAGAGCGUCACCGCAGGCCUCCAGAGGAGGAUGAAGAUGGAGACUCGGCGAUGCGAGAGCUAGACGAACCCCCACGCAGCGACGCUGGAAUGGACGUGGUGAUCCAGCUGCCUACGGACUGGGCCAUACUGGAUGGCAGGGACAGCAUGGAUGACCACGGUGUCGUACGUUACGAAUGGGCUCUCGUUAAAGGAGAUCCGUCAAUCAGCAUGAAGGUUACCCACCCGGGUCUCCUGAAGCUGAGCGGGCUCAGAGAGGGCGUCUAUACUUUCCAGAUGACUGUUACUGAUACCAUAGGACAGAGGAGUUCUGAUAACGUCUCCGUCACUGUGCUGGCACCUGAACACCACGCAGAAGUAUGUACUCAUCAUUGCUCGCCGUACCAGUUCAUGUGUGACGACGGCUGCUGUAUCGACAUUAGCUAUGCCUGUGAUGGCAAACAGCACUGUCCUGAUCGCUCAGAUGAAGACUUCUGCCGCAACUUCGACGGAGGCCGCAAGACGGUGACUCACACAGCCAGCGCUCCGUCUCAGAGCGGAGGAGCCAGAGAAGCAGAGGGCCGAGCCAUGAUCCCUUCAGGACCACGUAAUACUGAAACCCCUGUAGAACCCAAACAACAAAAACAGCCUACAGUUGACCAAGAUCCCUGCACGAUGCCCCCUGUGGUCGGUCCAUGUAAAGGCGUUUUCCCACGCUGGUACUACGACCCCACAGCCGGAGAGUGUAAACACUUCCUGUACAGCGGCUGCAAAGGGAACCACAACAACUUCCUGCAGCAGGCUGACUGUGCAAACGAGUGUAUCCAGAAACCUGCUCCAGGUGAUCGACAGGCCACUGCAGCGCCUCCUCCCACCACACACACAAACACAGCUGCCAGGUCACCCAGUGCUGAAGUCAAAUCCAGGAAUUCUGCAUCAUUAUCCCAGAAUGUUCAGCCAGUAACCAAAGCUCAUACAGAAUUGAGUGGACACUCGCCACCAGAGUCAGGUGCAAUCCUGGCCCUGGUUCUCGGGGUGAUUAUUAGCGCUGUGCUCUUGCUGAUGGUGGGCUGCAGGCUGCGGGUUCGACGUCACAGGAGGAAGAAAGCUCUGCCGCUCACCACCGAGGAAUCUGAUUACCUCAUCAAUGGCAUGUACCUGUAGUGCAACAUGCACAUAUGUAUAUCACACACACACACACACACACACACACAGUGUGCGCUUAUGUGCAUAUUUGGAGGGGAGAACCAUGGAAAUAAUUAAAAAUAUAAUGUAGAAUAUCAGCUGCUACACUGCGUCUGAAUACAUGUCUGAUAUGAAGCAGUUCAACUUGUUUUGAUAUUCGAUGUCUUACCUUCACUUGAUGAGAUGUGUGUCAAAAGAUUCAUAGCAGGAAUGUCUUAAAAAGAAAAAAAUUCACAAGGAUAUCAUUUAAUUCAAUAAAAAAAAAUACUAGAGACACCUGCACCGGUCAGGAACAGGAGUCUGAACCUGGACAGCUGAAGACCAGGUGAUGUUUUAUCUAGUUUCAGUGAUCCUGUGCUCACUGUAGCCUCAGCUUCCUGUUCUUGGCUGACAGGAACAGAACCUGACGUGGUUUUUCUGCUGUUGUAAGCCAUCUGCCUCAACGUUUGUGCAUUCUGCGAUGCUUUUCUGCUCACCACGGUUGUAAAGAGUGGUUAUUUGAGUUACCGUAGCCUUCGUGUCAGCUUGAACCAAUCUGGCCAGUCUCGUCUGACCUCUCUCAUCAACAAGGUGUUUCCACCAGCAGAACUGCUGCUCGCUGGAUGUUUUUUUGUUUUUCGCGCCAUUCUGUGUAAACUCUAGAAACUGUCGUGUGUGAAAAUCAGCAUGAGGUCAGCGGAUUCUAUUAAACUGGCCGAUAUUCUAUUAGUGGCCUACUAUAUUUUGAAGAAAUGAAAAAAGAUGAUGAAAUAGAGGUUUGUUUUUCCAAAUUUAAGUAAUGAUCUUCAUUUUAAUUAGUUUGCAUCGAAAUGAAAAUUCUUGACCGAAUGGAAAUUCAGGAUACACUGGACCAAAAACUAUAACCAAAACCCUGAAACAAGUCCUGUAUUAUUAUUAUUAUUAUUAUUAUUAUUAAGUGCUGUUACAUCCUUGUUAAAUAAAUAAAGGGUAAAUAAACAACACUAUAUUACUGUAAAGUUAUUCCUUUUAAUAAGACGCCACAAAACUUAGAAAUAAAAUCAUAUAAAAUCUAAAAUGUUUUACAGAAUGUUAAUUUACCUGUGAAACUUACAGUAACACCUAGUCCUUUUUUUUUUUUUUCUUUUUUUUUUUUUAAAGCCUGGACUUUUUUUUUGUUUUUGUUUUUUUUGGUCAAAUUUGUCUUUCCAAAAAUACUGAAAGCAUCCAUUUUUGCCAUUUUUUGCCUGAAAUGAUUUCAGUCCAUCCUUAAAAAUAAAGGUUUUUCAUUACAUUUGAAUAAAGUAAUUCUUUCCACACUGAGUACUUACCAGCA